GUGCCCACAGUUUGUUCCUGUUUCUGAAGAUGUUCGUGCGAGUGAACGCGGAUAACAAGUUCGUGGGAAUAAAAAGUUUUACCAGCCCAUAUAUACACACAUAUAUACUUGUUGUGGAUAAGUUUAUGAAAGGUCGGCGCGUCGCAUAAAAAGUUAACUGCCAAAAAGCGGAAGCCACUCAAACCGUACACGUUGUAUACUAAAUAUCACACCAAAACUUGCACACAUACAUACGUGUGAAACACCCCAUCCGCCCAGAUGGUUGAACGGAGGCAUUCCAUUGUCCUCAUACCGGAUGUACAAGCAGACAAGUACAAUACAUAAUACAUUAGAGAAAGAUUUUCAAGCAAAUACCCUCCAGUGAAUAUAAUGACCAAAAAUAAAUUUGUAUUCAGAGUACAGAGGCCUAGUAAAAAAACUGUGCAGAUAUGAUGGAAAUCCAAGUAGUGAAAUAAUUUACAAUACAAAAAAGUGAAGGCAUCAGCAGAGCCGAGGACAUAAAAUGAAAAGUGAAGAGCCGAAGUCGUUAUAUUUUUCAUACAUCACACAGCAGGGAAGUGAAAAGGAUGAGGCAGUCAUUAAUUGUCUAUGAUCAACGACUUAUGUCCUUUAUAAUCUUUUUAUCCGUCAUUGGCUCACAAAUUCGGAUGUUAUCAACUUUGGCCUCGCCCAUGAUAAAUACAAGGCUUAAUAUUGAUGAGAACACCUCAGCAAUGGAAACAGUGGGCUCAACGUUAUCCUUAUCAUCAGCCGCUACAGGAGGGGGAACUGCAGUAACAGCGCCAACAACUUUCACUUCAUCUCCAUUGUAUGGCAGCGCACAUAGAAAAACGCCCAUAACUAUGAAUGGCAGAGCAAACAGCGCGAUAGAUGCAGGUAAACCUGCUGCGAGUGGGAUGAGCAGUACAAGCACUAAUCCAAAUGGCUCAUGGACGAUUACAUCGUCAACAACAAGGUUGAAUUCAUUCACAAGCACCAGUAAGCUACCAUUUGAUUAUACACUGGCAAAGAAGUGGGCUGGUGCGGACGUUAUUAGUUUUCACGGUUCAUCACCAAUGACAUCGUCAACAUCAGCAGCAGCAACCCAACCCGAUAGACCGCGGACGUUUAGAAACAAACACCACCAUGAACAUCAUUGGGGGCCGUUUUUUGAAGAGUCACUGAAUUCAACAAGUUCUGGAGAGAAUGUCGUGUCUUCGGCGCAUUUAUAUACAGAAGCUGUACUGAACUGCCGGGUGGGAAUGCUAAAAGAUAAAACGGUCAUGUGGGUCAGGCGAACAACAGAAAAGGUCUCACUUUUAACUGUCGGCAACAUAACUUACAGCGGCGACCCAAGAAUACGCGUCAAGUUUCAGUAUCCAAACAAUUGGCGGCUGCUCAUUAACCCAACACAAAGGGAAGAUGCCGGCGUGUACAUGUGUCAAGUAUCUACGCACCCACCCCGAGUCUUCACAACAAAUCUAACCAUAUUAGAACCGCCUUUACGAUUAAUAGACGAUCAAGAGCGAGAAGUGAGCGAUCGAUAUUAUAAAGCGGGCAGCACGAUCGAUCUGUACUGCCAAGUAUCCCGAAGUUUCCUUGUAAAGGAAAAUGUAAAAAUUGCAAAAUCAGUACAACCAUACGAGCAAAAUCAAACAAAAGGAAGUUCUAACAAAGGUAGCUUAGGAUCCAGUAGAUUGGGUACUGGCUACAAUGAAUUGGUAUCGAGUAAUAAUCAAAACAACACUAAAAUAUCCGGACAAGCUUUCGAAAAACAAUUCAACAGCAUGAUAUUUUGGACUAAAGACGAUGAAAUGUUGCCAUUUACGGCGAUUAAACGAUCAAGCACCUCGGAAAAAUGGCUCAACAGUCGUAUCUCAAUUCCAGACGCUAAACUUAUAGAUAGUGGAAACUAUUCUUGCUCCAUUGGAAAGCUAUUCACUGCAAUAGUGCAGGUGCAGGUGCUAACAGGAGAAUUGCCAGCUGCCGUUCAACACAAUGUCGCAGGCAAACCAUUUAUUCUGUGUCCUGUACUGAUGCUUUCGACUUGGCUCUAUUGUAUAUUAAUAUUGUUGCCUUCACUGUUACUUCGCGAAACAUAUCGCCUUCCACUUGAACUGGCUUAUACAUAAAUAAUGCACAUAUGUAUUGAAUUAUAUACACUCAUACACAC